GCACAAUGUUACUGAACUAUGUGGUAGAAUGAUACAACGUGUGGAAGAGGUUGAGCUUUCAAACGAAGACUUCACCUAUUUAAAGGGUUGGGCUCUAACUGAAGUUCAGCAGCAACACAAAGCAGUGAAGCUGCAAUGUCAUGAUGAUCGUUUGUCGUUAUCCAUUGAUGGCUUUAUGAAUGAUGUUAAUGAGGUCAAGUCUAAGUUACCACAGUAUUUAGUUCAUAGUAAAAUUCCUGUUAGCCUCCAACCAGAAGCAUUGAAGUUUUUACAUGAUGACCAACCAGGAAGACAAAAGCUUAAUACCAUGCUCAAAGGUCAUCCUGAGGUCAUUCCUUAUUUUACUAAUAGUGCAAAUAGUCAGCUUUUUUUCCUUUUACUCUGCUCAAAUAGCCAUAUUGAUAGAGCUGAGCAUGUAGCAACAACCAUUCAGCAAGAAAUAGUAGUCCAGUCUGUUGAUUUACCUCAAUCAUUUUCAAGACAAAUAUCCGAUUCAAAGUUUGCGUUAUUUCGAACUAACCUUGCCAAAAAAUGUUUUUUUUCUGCCACUGUUCAUAAAAACAAGCUUACAUUAGUCAGUAUUCGUAGCAGUAUAGCUGACGUUAGUAGAGAAUUUCAUACAUUUGUUACUGAAGCUUGCUCUGUCACUGAUGUAAUUCAUUUUAAAAGAGGAGUUUGGCGUCUGUUGCAUUCAACAUCAAUGGAGAAGAAGUGGACUGACUUUGUUGAAAAUAUGAAAAUGAGAGGCAUCAUGAUUGUUUCCUUGUCAAAACCAUCUGCCCAAAAGCCAUACAUUAAGAUUAGAGGAGAAGUACAUAAUUUGGAGUUUGCAAAGGAAAAAAUUUUGGAGUUCCAAGCUGCAGUGAAAGAACAACAGGUAGUAAUCUCUCGUUCACAUCCAGGAAUGGGUAAAUAUUUCUUGAGUAAUCCUCAAGGUCAGACCAUGCUAAAAGGUAUUGAGUAUGAAGCUAAAGUUUGUAUAGAAGUUGAAGUUAUUGAACAGUCCAUGGCAGCUGGUCGAAGUUCAAAGAUUGUUGCUUUUGGAACUACUGCCGAGAUAAAGAGGGUUAAUGUGAUAGUUGGUGAUAUCACAGAAUUUGAUAGAGCUGAUGUUAUUGUUAAUGCUGCUAAUGGCCAACUAGCUCAUGGUACUGGUGGUUUAGCUGCUGCUAUUGUAAAAAGAGGUGGUCCAGUAAUCCAAGAAGAUUCCAAAAGAUAUAUUGAUAAGAAUGGAUUUCUUUCUGACGGAAAUGUUGUUCUCUUUCAAAGGGCUGGUAACCUACCUUAUAAGGCAAUAGUUCAUGCAGUAGGUCCACGUUGGAAUAGAUUUGGAGACAAUGCAAGAGAGACAGCAUUAUUAAAAAAGGCUGUCCGCCAAAGUCUUGAGAAAUCCAAGGGUUAUACCUCAAUAGCUAUCCCAGCAAUAAGCAGUGGUGUGUUUGGUUUCCCAGUUGAUGUGUGUGCUGAUACUAUUCUAAAAGCUAUUGUAGAGUUUAGUGGUGCUGACCCUGGCUCACAGCUUAAUGAGAUCAAUAUAGUUAUUUUUGAAGAUAAUGUCAACGAGUUUUUAAAAGCAGCUGAGAGAGAAUUAAGAGGUUUCCAGUCUUAUAGUUCUACUCAAAGUUCACUAUUUUCCUCAUCAGCAGCAGCUCUUUCAAUUCAAGGUGCACAUCCUUUUUCUGUUUUUAAUGAUUGUAGUCCAGAUCAUGCAACAAUACUUCCAAAUAUUUCUCUGGAUUCAAAAGUUACGCUUCACAUUUAUGGUGAGACAGAGCCAAUAGUAAGGGAUGCAGAGAAGAUGUUACGUGUAAUUUCUUCUCUGCAGUCUACAAUUGCUACAACAUUUCAUACUGAAGAAAUUACUGAUCCUUGCAUCACUGCUUUCUCUGAUGAAACUCUACAUGAGCUUGAAUCAUUUGCAAAUGAUCACAAUGUUAACAUCGAAAUUGAUCGAGAUCCUAACCUUUAUUCAGUUAACCUUCGAGGAUUGUUUCAAGAUGUUAUGCUUGUCAAAGAUAAAAUUCGUGAAGCGACGUCCUCUAUAACUCGAGAGCAAUCAAAGAAAAGGGCUGCUGCCUUAGUUUCUAAAACUGUACGCUGGAUAAGGAUUAAUCCA